AUGGCUCUACAGGCUCCCCUCUCGCAGUUGCAAAGCCUGUCUGCAAUUGCCCCAGAUGUCUUCACGACACUGCCGUCGCUCUUUACUUCGCCACUCCAAACCCUCCGACGUUAUCGCCUGGCGCGGCUACGAACUGAGGGAGAUGCAUCCGGUGUGCGGCAAAUACACUCAACCAGCGCGAGAUCGAGGCAGUCGAUGCCCUCGUCCAGCGUAAUUCUCCCAGAUUUCCUCACCUCCCUUCGGCCCGACAGUCUCCGGCCGCAUUCGCUCAAUCUAAAUUCGCGGACAACCCUGCCCUGGAUGUCUAGAAAUCUUUCCUCAACCGUUACGUCUCGCCUUAAUUCGAUACCCAAUCUGCGCCGGGAGUGGUCGACCAGCGUCCCGAAUGCGACAAUGAGGGUGGCCACCGGAAAGAGUACCACAAGAUUGCCUUCGAUACAGCCUCCAGCGACGUCUCUGGCGUUUGGUCCUCCGCGCCGACCAGAUAUUACAAGCUUGAGUAAGCAAUAUCGACAAUUCUCGACGACACCCCUACUUGCCAACCAAAACAUGCUGGCUCACGCCGAACGCACUGCGAACAACAACCCUAUAAGUGCCACCGCCCAGAACGCUUUCUAUUCCGCCCUCCUACGUGCAAAUAUGCCCAAACUCGUUAUUGAAAGAUACCAGUCUGGUCGGUACGCCACGAACCCAGCAGCGGAUGCGGCCUAUCUCAAGGCUCUACAGAUGACUGGCUCAGUUCCUGCUCCAGGCACACCCGGCUCAAAUGUUACCGGUUCACAAGGUAACGGGUUGGGUCCUGACAAAUUGCGGGCUGUGGGUCAGGCGGUUGCUGGACAGAACUACGGUGGGCAAGUGAUUAUGCCUAGCAAUAAAUCCGGUACAGGGGCAAAAGAAGCGCCGCUUUAUGUGGUGGUGGAAGAGUCAUGGGGCGCAACCAUUCUGAAAUGGGUCCGAACAUUCCUCUGGGUUGGCUUGUCUGGCUACUUCCUCCUCGUGGUCCUUACCAUGGUCGUGGAGAUGACUGGGAGCUUCCGGACGAGAGUCGGACAAAACAACGAAGUACAACCCCAGCAUCAAACUGUCCGCUUCAGCGACGUGCAUGGCUGCGACGAGGCUAAGGAGGAACUUCAAGAACUGGUCGAAUUCUUAAAGAACCCGGAAAAAUUUAACCAGCUAGGAGGAAAGCCCCCCAAGGGUGUUCUCCUGGUGGGCCCGCCUGGUACUGGUAAAACAAUGCUUGCUCGCGCUGUUGCUGGUGAGGCUGGCGUACCGGUUUUCUACAUGUCUGGCUCCGAGUUCGAUGAACUGUAUGUCGGUGUCGGUGCUAAACGAGUUCGAGAUCUCUUUACUCAAGCACGAAACAAGGCCCCUUCCAUCAUCUUCAUCGACGAACUCGACGCUGUUGGAGGCAAAAGAAAUGCACGUGAUCCCGCCUAUGCAAAACAAACACUCAAUCAGCUCCUGACAGAGUUGGAUGGAUUCAGCCCCAGCACCGGCGUUAUUCUCAUCGCUGCGACCAACUAUCCCGAGUCGCUGGACAAAGCGCUCAUUCGACCGGGACGAUUCGACCGACAUGUCAACGUGCCCCUUCCUGAUGUCCGCGGCCGGAUUCAGAUCUUGAAACAUCACAUGAGGAACAUGCCCAUCGCUGCCGAUGUGGAUGCGACCAACCUCGCACGUGCUACAAGCGGCAUGUCUGGCGCCGACUUGGAGAAUCUUUGCAACCAAGCUGCAGUUCAUGCUUCGCGGCUGAAGUACAAGAAGAUCACGGCCAUGAACUUUGAGUGGGCCAAAGACAAGAUCAUGAUGGGCGCCGAGGCUAAGUCCCGAAUGAUUCGAGAAAAGGACAAGAUCCAAACCGCCUACCAUGAGGCUGGUCACACUUUGGUCAACUUAUUUACUCCAGCUAGUAAUCAGUUGUACAAAGUGACCAUCAUCCCGCGUGGUCAAGCGCUCGGUGUCACUCACUUCCUCCCUGAAAUGGACGAGGUGAGCAGAGGCUACGAUCAAUUCAUCGCGUCGAUCGAUGUCUCCAUGGGUGGGCGAGCGGCUGAGGAAUUGAUCUACGGUCCACAUAAGGUCACAAGCGGUAUCUCUCAUGAUGUUCAGCAAGCCACUCGGACCGCGUUCUAUCUCGUCACCCAGUGUGGGUACUCCGCCAAACUUGGAAAUGUUGAUCUUGCUUCCGACUACGACAAACUCUCGAGCGAGACGAAGCAAGAAAUCGAACGCGAGGUGCGACAGAUUGUGGAAGGCGGCAGAGAACGCGCCGACCGAAUUGUCAAAGAGAAGCGGAAAGAGCUUGAAGCGUUAAAAGAUGCCCUUCUGGAGUACGAAACGCUGGACCGGGAGGAGAUUAUGAAGAUCCUACGCGGGGAGAAAUUGAAAAAGAUUGAAGUUGAGCUCCGUGAGGAUGAUGACACAGACAACGGGGAUAAUGGACGAGGAAACAAGUCACAACCCAAGAAGGAUAAGGAGGUUGGCUCUAAAGGCAGCUUGGGGAUUAAGCUCCCCGACGUGCUGCUCCCACCUGGAACGGGUGGGAGAGGAGGAGAGAAGGAAGGGGUCUCGCGGGUUAGUGAUAGAUGA